AUGGCCAGAGUGAACUACGUGGCCGAUGUUCUGUUGCACCACGAGAUGAUAUCAGGUGAAGAGUUGGAGUACAUCCAGGCUAUGAGAGGCACUCGGGACAGGGCUAGGGCCUUGAUCGACCAUGCAAGGAAGAAGGGCAACGGUGUUUGUAAGACGUUUAUGGAAACCUGGGAGGACAACGACAACCACAACGUCUUCUGUGGCUCGUCCGCAGCACCCGAGGUGUCCGGAGAGAUACUCGCCAUCUUGGACGAUCUCGGCACUGAGGAUUUUGUGGGACUCAAGUAUUUCCUGCGCGACAUACAAGUGUUUGGUCGAAGCCCCAUUGCUCGAGCCGUUAUGGAUCGUCUGACUCAUAGAACCCAGAUAGCAGAUGCAAUCGCCCGGCGCUACAACGAUAAAGCCCGCGCAGUCUUGAUCAUCCUGCUGAAGCGCAUACACCGUAAUGACCUGGUGGAAAGGAUCCCUAGCGGCACCCGUGACGGUGGCCAAACGUCAAAUCAGCCACGACCCUUUACCUUUGCUGAAUAUCUCAAAGCUAUCCAAGGAAAUGCAGCUGAUGUCAGGGAGAAUGUGUGCCAUACACUCGGGGACCUCGACGCUGACACCAUGACACGAUUCAUAUGGACCCUGCAUCUCCCAAGCAGCAAGUCUGAAUGUGUCACGAGUGUUUUUACUUUCACUUUCUCCCAUGCUGUGGUCCAGAUAUGUUUCCUCGAGGUUAAACUUUCGGUGUCCUCUCCAGAUGAAGGUGUGGACUCUGCUAUGAGUCAGUGUGAGGACAAAGAUGAGGGAGUCCCUCCCUCUAAAACCACUGGACCUGAUCCUGAACCUGGAUCUGGACCUGGACACAGCUGUGUGUCCAUGAAGAGUGACCAGUCCAUGGAUGAUUAUAUUGACUUUAAAGUUGGACAACCUGCUGAUGGAAGGAUGCAGCAGCAGAAACUAGUCUCUCCUGGACCUGGACCUCGACCAGUACCUGGACCUGGACCCAGCUGUGUGUCCAUGAAGAGUGACUGGUCUAUGGAUGAUAUUAUUAAUUUUAAAGUUGGACAACCUGCUGAUGGAAGAGUGGACCAGGAGAGCCCAGAGAUUCUCAGUGGUCAGUCUGCCCAGCAGCAUCAAACAAACCUGGACUCUGUAUUUAUGACCAGUGGAUUGGAGGAGGACAUCUGCACUUUUGUGAAGAACGAGCUGAAGAAGAUCCAGAAAGUUCUGAGUCCAGAUUACCCAGAAUGCUUAGAGAGUAAGAGGGGGGAUGAGGUGGCGAUGGACAGUGAGGAUGAAGAGCAGAGGAGGAGCAGCAGAGAGGAAUUUCUGAAGAUCACACUGCACUUCCUGAGGAGAAUGAAGCAGGAGGAGCUGGCUGACUGUCUGCAGAGCAGAACUCUUUCUGCAGGUGGUAAGCGUAAACUCAAAUCUAAGCUGCAGAAGAAGUUCCAGUCUGUGUUUGAGGGGAUUGCUAAAGCAGGAAACCCAACCCUUCUGAAUCAGAUGUUCACAGAGAUCUACAUCACAGAGGGAGGGACUGCAGAGGUCAAUGAUGAACAUGAGGUCAGACAGAUUGAAACACCAUCCAGGAAACCAGACAGACCAGAAACAACAAUCAGACAAGAAGACAUGUUUAAACCCCCACCUGGAAGAGAUGAACCAAUCAGAACAGUUAUGACAAAGGGAGUGGCUGGCAUCGGGAAAACACUCUUAACACAGAAGUUCACUCUGGACUGGGCUGAAGACAAAGCCAACCAGGACAUCCAGUUCACAUUUCCAUUCACCUUCAGAGAGCUGAAUGUGCUGAAAGAGAAAAAGUACAGCUUGGUGGAACUUGUUGAUCGCUUCUUUAGUGAAACCAAAGAAGCAGGAAUCUGCAGGUUUGACGAGGUUGUGUUCAUCUUUGAUGGUCUGGAUGAGUGUCGACUUCCUCUGGACUUCCACAACACUGAGAUCCUGACUGAUGUUACAGAGUCCACCCCAGUGGGUGUGCUGCUGACCAACCUCAUCAGGGGAAAACUGCUUCCCUCCGCUCGCCUCUGGAUAACCACACGACCUGCAGCAGCCAAUCAGAUCCCUCCUGAUUGUGUUGACAUGGUGACAGAGGUCAGAGGGUUCACUGACCCACAGAAGGAGGAGUACUUCAGGAAGAGAUUCAGAGAUGAGGAACAGGCCAGCAGAAUCAUCUCCCACAUCAAGACAUCACGAAGCCUCCACAUCAUGUGUCACAUCCCAGUCUUCUGCUGGAUCACUGCUACAGUUCUGGAGGACGUGUUGAAGACCAGAGAGGGAGGAGAGCUGCCCAAGACCCUGACUGAGAUGUACAUCCACUUCCUGGUGGUUCAGUCCAAAGUGAAGAACAUCAAGUAUGAUGGAGGAGCUGAGAUAGAUCCACACUGGAGUCCAGAGAGCAGGAAAAUGAUUGAGUCACUGGGAAAACUGGCUUUUAAGCAGCUACAGAAAGGCAACCUGAUCUUCAAUGAAACAGACCUGACAGAGUGUGGCAUCAAUAUCAGAGACGCCUCAGUGUACUCAGGAGUGUUCACACAGAUAUUUAAAGAGGAGAGAGGACUGUACCAGGACAAGGUGUUCAGCUUCGUCCAUCUUAGUGUUCAGGAGUUUCUGGCUGCUCUUCACGUCCAUCUGACAUUCAUCAACUCUGGAGUCAACCUUCUGGCAGACGAAAAAACAAUAUCCUGGUGGUCUGAAGUGUUCAGAGACAAAUCAAAACUUUUCUACCCGAGUGCUGUGGACAAGGCCUUACAGAGUCCAAAUGGACAUCUGGACUUGUUCCUGCGCUUCCUCCUGGGUCUUUCACUGCAAACCAAUCAGACUCUCUUACGAGGUCUGCUGACAAAGACAGGAAGUAGCUCAAAGACCAGUCAGAAAACAGUUGAGUACAUCAAAAAGAAGAUCAGUGAGAAUCUGUCUGCAGAGAGAAGCAUCAAUCUGUUCCACUGUCUGAAUGAACUGAAUGAUCAUUCUCUAGUGGAGCAGAUCCAACAGUCCCUGAGUUCAGGAAGUCUCUCCACAGAUAAACUGUCUCCUGCUCAGUGGUCAGCUCUGGUCUUCAUCUUGCUGUCAUCAGAAAAAUAUCUGGAUGUGUUUGACCUGAAGAAAUACUCUGCUUCAGAGGAGACUCUUCUGAGGCUGCUGCCAGUGGUCAAAGCCUCCAACAAAGCUCUGCUAAGUGACUGUAACCUGUCAGAGAGAAGCUGUGAAGAUCUGUCCUCAGUUCUCAGCUCCCAGUCCUCUAGUCUGAGAGAGCUGGACCUAAGUAACAACGACCUGCAGGAUUCAGGAGUAAAGCAGCUGUUGUUUGGACUAAACAGUCCAAACUGUACACUGGAAACUCUCAGACUAAGUGGCUGUAACCUGUCAGAGAGAAGCUGUAAAGCUCUGUCCUCAGUUCUCAGCUCCCAGUCCUCUAGUCUGAGAGAGUUGGACCUGAGUAACAACGACCUGCAGGAUUCAGGUGUGAAGCUGGUGUCAGCUGGACUGGAGAGUCUGCACUGCAGACUGGGAACUCUUAGUCUGUCAGGCUGUCUGGUCUCAGAGGAAGGCUGUACUUCUCUAGCCUCUGCUUUGAGCAUCAACCCCUCCCAUCUGAGAGUUCUGGACCUGAACUACAAUCAUCCAGGAGACUCAGGAGUGAAACUGUUGUCAGCUGGACUUAAGGAUCCACGCUGGAGACUGGACACUCUCAGGAUGGACCAUGGUGGACCACAGAGACUGAGACUUGGUGUGAGGAAGUAUGUCUGUGAACUGGAACUGGACACAAACACAGUAAACAGAAACCUCAAACUGUCUGACAACAACAGGAAGUUGACAUUUGUUGGAGAGGAUCAGUCAUAUCCUGAUCAUCCAGACAGAUUUGACUGCUGGCCUCAGAUGUUGUGUAGAAAUGGUCUGACUGGUCGCUGUUACUGGGAGGUUGAGAGGAGAGGAGGGGUUGAAAUAUCAGUGAGUUACAGAGGAAUCAGGAGGAGAGGAAACAGUGAUGACUGUGGGUUUGGAGGGAAUGAUCAGUCCUGGAGUCUGAGGUGCUCUGAUGAUGUUGGUUACUCUGUCUGGCACAAUAACAGAAGAACAGACCUCACUUCUUCCUCUGUCUCUAACAGAGUAGCAGUGUAUGUGGACUGUCCUGCUGGCACUCUGUCCUUCUACACAGUCUCCUCUGACUCACUGAUCCACCUCCACACCUUCAACACCACAUUCACUCAACCUCUUUAUCCUGGGUUUAUGGUCUGGUCUGGUUCCUCAGUGUCUCUGUGUCCUUUGCAGGUCUGAGAUUAUCUCCUGUGGACAGAAACAUUGACUGAAGAUCAGCUGCUGAAAUCAAAGUUCAGUCUGUUCACACACACUCUGCACUGUGAAGCAGAUCUGUCUCAGACUCAAACACAAAAUAUUAAUUUGCCUGAUUUCACCUCUUUGAUGAUCAACACUUUAUUUUUUUUUAUUAGAAACACUUCAUGAUCAGUUGACUAUUUGAGCUGGGUAAAUGUAAUGUUACUUUAAGUUUUUGGUAAAGCUGUCCAUGUAUGCGCGCUUUACGAAGAGCUUCUCUCAUAUUGGAUUUAUGUUUAAAAGUAAGGAUAACUGAAGCUCUGAGCCUGUUAGUAAAAUAUUGCGUAAAGAGUUGGUUUGAUUUGAACAAACUAAACUGAUAUUAUUUUGUAAUUGACCAACAAACUUUGAUAUGUGAUGUUGAAAGAAAAACUAAAUCAAAGUUUUGGGAUAAUUCUAGAUAAUAGAUGAUGCUGGAAAUCACAUACAAAUGAUGUCAAAGCAGGAAUAUCUAUCACAGCACAAUAUAUUUGUUGGUGGUUUUGACCUUGGAGUCCCUGAAGUGUUGUAAACUAUCAGUAACUCAUUCACAUGGGACACAUUUCUGUAACUGUUCCAAUGUGCCCACCAUUUACUCCACUACAUUUACCAGCUACUUGUAAAUGACUGGUGUCAGGUUUUACAAAGUGGCAGGCAAGAACCAGCACAACACAAAAAACAGUUCAGGUGCAGAAAACAGUGUUUAAUAAGCAGAGGUCAAACAAAUCCAUAAAUGCAUAUAUGCUGAAUUUGAUCCUAAAAGAGGAUGAAUCUAAAUGUACGGACUUCACCCCAUUUGCAGACUUGCGGACUUUGCGAAAGCGUUCCCAGGAAGUUUGCAAGUACUGAGGCCUGUCCGAAUCCACAGCUAUUGCUCCAAUACUCAUAUUACUAAACUAUUUAGUAUGCCAGAAAAAUAUUCAGUAUGUCUUAAUACACAGUAUGUCAAAUGCACUAUUGCAAAAACACCAGGAUGUCUAAAUACAUUCGUUCAGAUUUUGCAGUGUGCAAGCCAGUAUGUCUUUCUGGUUACUGUGACCCACAAUCCUUUGCGCAAUGUAUAUGAGCAAGAGGAUUAAAGUUUAAGGCACAAUGUUA